UUGCGCAAUGAAAAUGGAAUCAAAACAAGCAAGGCUGGUAACUUUCUCAUUAUUAUUAUUUUGCACGACUGUGGCAAGUUUUUUGGACAUGGAGGAGCUCAAAAAUAUAAACUAUGGCAUAGAUAUACUCAACAAACCUGUUUUGUUAUCAACACAGGAGACAGACAAACUCAGUGAAACCAUUGAUGUUACAUCAAAGCAUGGUCAGAUAUAUCGCUGCACCAUACCCAGUCAGAUGGAGGCAGAGAAACAAAAGGAAGAAGAAGAGAAAAUAGCCAUGGAGACAGGAGUUCCAGAGUUACUGAAAGCCAUGGAGUCGGGCCCUUGUCUUUUCAAGACUAGAGACUGGUGGAGUUAUGAGUUUUGUUAUGGAAAACAUGUACGCCAGUUUCAUAUGGAAGAUGGCAGAAUUGAAGGAAAUGUAAUCAUGUUGGGAUAUUAUGAAUCAGAGUUUGAUUGGAGAAAUGAAACAAAUAUGGAAGUCAAAUCAAGAAACAAAAACCGAUUGAAUCGAUAUCACAGCCAGCAAUACAUCAAUGGCUCAAAAUGUGACCUUACAGGAAAGGCCAGAAAAACAGAAGUCAGGUUCCUCUGUGAGGAAGGUAGAGGUGAUUACAUAGCCAGACUGGAUGAGCCAGAGACGUGUUCCUAUGUAAUGACUAUACACACCACCAAGAUCUGUCAUCACCCCUAUCUUAAACUCCCCACACAUCAGAAACCCGUCCCCAUCACCUGUAAUCCAGCCGUGUCAGAUGAGAUCUAUCAGGACUAUCUCAAGGAGGAAGAAGAAAAAAGAAUAAUGAAAGAAAAGCUGGAAGAAGAACAGAGAAUAGAAAAAGAAUUAAGAGAUGCAGAUGCUUUGUUCAACUCAGAUGAAAAAAUGAUGGAUUCUAAAGUUCAAAAAGAAUUGCCACUCCCCAACUCUAUUAAGAAAACUGACAAUAGUCGCACAUUUGAAUUCAAGGAUGUGUCAGAUUUAGGUCAUGAUAUGUCUAAGAUUGAGAAACUUAUAUCAGCUGGACUGAAAGAUGAUAUCGUUAAACUCUCGGAUCAGUUUGGAGGGCAAGAUGUUGAUAUGAAAAUGAAAGUGAAAGUAGUUAGGAGCAUGGAUGACUUGGAGGAUAUGUUGAAGGAAGCUCAAUCUGAGGUAGAGAGCUUGGUGAAGAAGAAGAAGAAGGAGGAGGAUGAAGAGGAAUCAACUCCAGAGGAGGCAAAUAAACAGAAAGAUACCACACUGAAAUUUGAAAAGAAGUCUAUUACAGAAAAGAUUCAAGACACAGUCAGUGAUAUAGACAAGGAAUUGGAUGGUGUGGAUGAAAAGGUUCUCCAGUCUUUCAAAGAGAUCCAAGAUGACGAUAUAAACAGUGUAAGAGAGAAAUUUACUAAAAAUAGGAAUAAUUUAGCCAGCAUUAAGGAAUCUCUCCGAAAAACCAUGGAGAGUGAAUUUGAUGAGAUAAUUGAAGAGGCAGAGGAAGAGACAGGUAUAAAAUUAGAGGACAGAAAAGGAGCUCAGAAAGAGCUUAGUAAGACACUUAAUAAACUCAUAGAAAGGCUGGACAAGACAGAGAAAGACAUUUUGAAUGUUGACAAAGAGCUUGAGAGGUUAUCUAAAAACAAUGCCAAACUACAACAAAAAUUAGACAAGGAAUUAGAUGAAAUAGCAAAAGGUCCAUCAAAAACAGAGGAGCUUCCUUCAGAUGACCAGUCUUCAUCUAAGUCAUCUUCAUCUUCUUUGUCAUCAUCACCAUCAUCAUCAUUAUCACAAUCAUCAUCAACAUCAUCUUCAUCAUCAUCAAAGGAUCGUGUGAAGAUAAGAGUUACAAAAUUAACAAAGGGAGAAUUUCAGAAGAGUGCAAUGAAAAGUACUCCACAGACCCAGAAGCUGGAGGAAGAUGUACAGGACCAGUUACAGAAGGCAGGGCUAGAUCUUGGAAAUGGAAAGAUUCAGGUGAAGAUAAUUACUGCGGGUUAUGUUGAUGAUAAAGACGAUGUUCAUCUUCUGUCAGCAGAGGAUACCAGUGCAUUCAAAAAUAUGAUUGUCUCCAUUCUGGGAGGGGACCAUGAGGCAGCAGAGGAAGAAGUCCGACAUUCAAACAUGGAGUCAAACUACAACAAAGUCUGGGGUAAAAGUAGGAAGAAAUCCUCAGACGUUGUUCCCUAGGCAGCCUACAGACUUGCACCACUCAGUGUCUUUCAUGGAUAUUUUUUUGCUUUUUUUUUCUUGUUUGGUUAUUGGAUACAUUUAGUCUCUGGACAGGUUGCAAUUUAUUUAUUUUGAUGAAAAUGAAUGUAAUUUUUGUGUGUGAGAGUGUGAAUGGAGAUGCAAGUAUUUUGUGAGUACAUGUAUAUUUUUUUUAAAUUAAAAAAAGUGUAAUAGUAUGGGACUUUGCAUUAAAAUUUCCCAAGGGAUUUGUGAAUACAUUUUAUUGCUGCCAUCAUAGUACCUCUGGACUUUACCAAACUAUACACACAAAUUAUUCAAGCAGUCAAAUCUCAGUAACUAUACACACAAAUUAAUUCAAGCAGUCAAAUCUCAGUAACUGUACACACAAAUUAUUCCAGCAGUCAAAUUUCAGUACCUCUCUGACUCGCACAGUUACACUGACAAGAAAUUUCAAAGAUUCUGAGGAGGAUUUGGGAUUUUGGAAUCAGUCCCAUCUUUCAAAUGUAUCCAGAUACCAGACUGCUUUAAUUUUGGGGCACAUGUUAAAUGGUUUUAUUACCAGUUUCCUCUGAAAUUUACUUGUAUAUUUGCAUUGAAUACUAUUUUAUAUUCAUUUUUUCUUCAAAUUGUAUACGUAAAAGAGGAUCAGGAUAAUUAGACAAAGGAGUGAUUUUUUCCAUUGUUGAUAUUCAAUUUCACUGUCAGUCAUUCCAUAAAUACUAGUAAGAUAUUUACUAUUGUUUCUCCAUAUUUUAUUUUAAAGAAUCAAGUCAACUAUAAAAUUCUUGUUAUUAAGAAUAAAUAGUUCAGUUUUAAUCCAUUUGUAUAAAUUGUAUGCUAUAAAAAUUAUCUCGGAGGAAAAUCUUUGAAACUUGUUCAAUUUGUUCAUUAAUUAAUGAAAUGCUAGAAUAUACAUGUGUUUGAAUGUGUGCCAUUUCGAUGACUUUAACUUAUAAUUUUUGAUGUAGAACGUCAGAAUGGUGGAGAUGUUUCUUUUAUAUUCUGCCAUCAUUAACUAUUUUUUUAGAAUAAUUACGUCAAAAUGAAUAAACAUUGUAUUAUUUUAUAUUUCAAUUGUCAAGAUGAUUUUAUUUAAAAAAAAUUGGAUGAAUAAAGCUGAAGAGAAAGAA